AUGACCGAAGACUACUACAAAAUCCUAGAAGUGCGACGAGAUGCUUCGCAGGAAGAAAUACGACGCGCCUACCGGCGAUUGGCGCUCAGACUGCACCCGGACAAGAACCCUCAAGGAAAGGAGGCGGCCGAGGCGCACUUCAAAGCUGUCUCCGAGGCGUACGAGAUUCUUUCGGACAAAGCCAAACGGCGCCUGUACGACCAGUUCGGCAAGAGCGCCUUCGACGCUCAGCCGCAGACCCAAUCACCCAGCACCAAUUUGAACGGGGCCACGUACGCGUUCACCUUUCGCGAUCCACGUGAAGUUUUCAGAGACUUCUUCGGAACGGCAGGUGGCCCAUUCCAGGAUCUGUUCGGUCGACAGGACCAGGGUGUCGCCAAGGAAGCACGUGGUACUACCAUUCUGACCGGUGGCCUGCCUUUCUGGCAACAGAGCUUCAGUGGUGGCCGACGCCCGGGAUUUUUGUACAAUAUGGAUGACGUGUUCUUCGCCACGCACGUGCCGGCUGGCAUGAGCGUGGCGCCUGGUUUCACUGGCGUUCCGACGCAGGAAAUGCUCUCCGCCUGGUACGAAGGCGGCAAGCGCAUCGAGACGCGUACCACCCUUGAUGACAGCGUGAAGAUGGUGCUGCGUUUUGAGGACGGCGUGCCGGUGUCGCGCGCUGUCAACGGCUUCGUGCAGGCUGUCACUGAAAACAACGAGGUUCAAGGCAGCGUGUCUACUGCACCUCCGGCAGCUGGCGGAGCCCCGGUGUUCUCCAAACGUUCCUCACAGACUAGGCUGCCACGGCCGCCCUCUAGGACGUUUGUGGAAACUAGUAGUGUGCGUCAAAGUGACUCCAAACAGGGGAUUCCGCCUAAGUUCGCUGCUAUUCACGCACCGAGCAAAACAGGAAGAAGCCGCACUCGCUCUGGCAAACCAGCAGGCGGGCCUAAGGACGCCCCAAAAUGUUUCAAGCCCUCCAAGAAGGACUCUGCUGAUGUUGUUGCCGGCCCGUCAGCCUCCCAGACACAACCGAAGAGGAAGCAGUCCAAGUAG